CCAGCUGUUUAGUCUAUGUUUUUUUAGACUGGUGCUAGUCGGUCAACACGUGGGGAGGAGAGACUGACUUUCCACAGGGACACGUUUGAAAAACUCACAUUAAUAGUACUGCUUUCAUCGUGGCGGCACCGAGGACCCUAAAAUACUGUGUAGCUGUUAGUGUCCUGAGGAAAUGCCGCUGAGGUUUCGUUCUGUCGUGCCCUACACACUGCCUGGAGUCCUGGCACUGAUCGGCUGGUGGUGGUACAUCUCACGGAAGAAAGAGCGGCUCAUCAGCCAUGACAGCCCAGAGGGGGCUCCAACCGCUAUGGGCCUUAGAACAUCUCCAGCAGAGGGUAGCAACGGUUUGGUUGAGAAAGGCACUGUAUCCCCCACAAAUGACACAGAAAGCCCCACCCACAUACCUCUAAUGGUCAGUAACCAGAGACCAGAACAUGAAAAUAUUUCCCAGAUCCAAGUCCAGGACACGGAAGCAGCACCUUUACUGCAACAAAGUUCUGAAGAAUCUGCUGCUUACCUUGGGAGAUUAAGACCAGAGGAAGUCCAUAAACCCCCAGUCUGGAACCUACCAUCACCUGGCAAAGAAGACAGCCUGCAGGUGUCAGUGAAAGACCAUAAAGACCCAGAGGAAAGUGCAUCACCUGCCUUGGUAAAAGGGCUGGAGAAAGAUCCAGCCAUAGUAGAAGAUGACAUCUUGUCUACCAAAGUCAGCAGCUCCUCCCCCCCAACAGCACACCUUUCUGAUGCAGAGAGGCCUGAGCCAGAGGGGGAAGUUGCAAAGCACCACAGCACUGUUAAUACACAAGAUGAGAUGGUUGUUUGUGUAGUCACCCCAGCCAAAGUGCAGAGAGUGACCCCCUCAGAGGCUGACUCUAUAGAGACCCCCCCUUCAGUGCAGGACUUCCACCAACACAUUCUAACCAGCACGCCCACCUUCCCUGCCCUGGCUCCGGCCUCCACAGCCCUGACCACGGUCCAAGACUCCACUACCAAAUCAGUGACCUCAGAGGACAUCCAAGUACACAGCGACAGUGCAGAGGAGCAAGAUCUGGAGCUUCUGGCAUCUGGACUCAUAACUGAGGUCAUCUCGGCAGCCACCCAGGAGGUCCUUGGUGUCACCAGCUGCCAGGUCACAGGCAACAGCCACUCCAGCUGCAGUAGCAGCACACCGCUGGGUAGUGGAAGACUAUUCUCCCAACAGGAGCCAAUCACAGCAGCACAGCAGAACCACCAUCUACUGAUGAGCCCCUCUCAGAUAGGCUGUGAGUCUAGAGAGGCAACAGAGAAGGAGGGGCAAGGGAUGUCUAACGGAUGCUCCUCAACUCCAGUAUGGGAGCCUGUUGAGGUCAGUCACAGGGUUUAUCAGACAAACAGUGCACAGAGAGGCCAUUGGCCAACACCAUCACACCCAGCAGCACAAAGUGCCCCUUUGCUAAACACGAAACUGAAAAGUGAUGAAGCAGCCGUGCUGGCUGAGGACUCAGCCUGCAGCACAUGCCACUCUGAGGAUGGCAUCAGCAGUGAGGACCUCCAGAACAGCAUGUUUGACAACCAAAUGGAUGUGAUCCAGGUUACAGACUUGUCAGCAAAAGAAGCCACACAGCCUCAGUCAUUGGUUGAGACCGCCACAGAGGCAACGGUUUUGGCCGAAACUGAAGAAAACUCGGUGGAUUCUGUAUGUGAGAUAAAAAGGCUCAAUGGAAUGGGCUUGAGGAAUGGCGCUCAUGGGACGUGUGAGGGGGAGACAGACCAGUCUGGAGGCUCUGAUGUAAACAGUAUGGACUCAGUGGACAGUGGCUGCACUAUGGGUGCUGGAGAAAGCCAGAGCAACCACGCUGCCUCCUUGAGCUCUGAGCUCAUCAUCUGGGAAAUUGAGGUGCCAAAGCAUCUUGUAGGGCGGUUAAUAGGGAAACAAGGGAGAUAUGUGAGUUUCCUGAAGCAGAAUUCUGGCGCGAAGAUCUACAUCUCCACCCUGCCUUACACACAGGAGUUCCAGAUCUGUCACAUAGAGGGUACGCAGCAACAGGUUGAUAAAGCCCUGUCCUUGAUUGGGAAGAAGUUUAAGGAUCUGGACUUGACCAACCUUUAUGCACCUCCGCCACCUCCGCUCACAUUGCCAUCACUUCCCAUGACCUCCUGGCUUCUGCUCCCCAGCGGAGUGACAGUCGAAGUGAUAGUGGUGAACAUCGUCUCGGCUGGCCACGUCUUUGUCCAGCAGCACACCCACCCCACCUACCAUGCCCUGAGAAGCCUCGACCAGCAGAUGUUCCUCUGCUACUCCCAGCCGGGCACUCCUGCUCUGCCCUCACCCGCUGAAGUUGGUGUGAUCUGUGCAGCUCCAGCUGUGGAAGGAGCCUGGUGGAGAGCUCAGGUUAUCACCUUCUAUAAAGAAACGAAUGAAGUGGAGAUUAGAUAUGUUGAUUAUGGCGGCUACGACAGAGUGAAGAUCGACUCACUACGACAAAUAAGGUCCGAUUUUGUAACACUACCGUUUCAAGGUGCUGAAGUAUUGCUUGAUAACAUCGCCCCACUUCCAGGAGAGGACCGUUUUUCAGCAGAGGCCACGUCAGCGAUGGAGGAGAUGACCAGAGGAGUGGCAUUGCUUGCACAGGUGUCAAACUACGAUAACAACACAGGUCUCCCGCUCGUCCACCUGUGGAACAUGGUCGGGGAUGAGGUGAUAUCAGUGAACCGUACGCUGGUGGAGAGGGGCCUGGGUGUUUGGGUGGAUGGAUUUUGAACUCAGUGCUCUGACCUCCACCCCCCACCCACCCCCUUUAUUCUCUUGUGAUCAGCAGUCUGGGACCCUGGGGUCCUAGCCCCACCAGAUAUACCACUGGAUCUAAGAAGAUUGUUUUUCCUUUCUUUUCUUUUCUUUUUUUUUUUUGUUGUCCCCUCCUCCCCUCCCCUCCCCCUGAAAAUAAAUUUAAAAAUUAUCUGCAGGCAUAAUCUACAAGAACACAGCACUGCUUCAGAAUAAGACAACCUUCCCCUCUUGUUCUUGUACACAAAAAGAACUGCAAGAAGGAAAAGAAGAGGUACUUGUACAAUUUUUAAAAAAGAUCUAUAUUGUAACUAAAUAAAGGUUCAACCAAUAUUUUUUUUCCUCCCCCAUCCCACCAUCAUUUUUGAUCUGGGCCUUUGCUCACUGUCUGUGGAUCAUCACGCUGUGUGGACGGACAGACACCUCCAUCAGUCUGUAGACAAUUGUAAACGGUUUUGAGUUUGAGUCGUCUGUAGGCCUGUACAUUUUGAUUUAGCAGAUUUCUUGUCUGGAUAGGAUUUUGGGGCAGACAGGCUACAGAGACUGAAGGGUGAUGGCACAACAAAAAGCAGAGGAGGUCAGAGGGUGGUCCCUGGUGGAACACACAGUUGGUCUACCACGUGGCCUCAGGAGACAUGGACUUCUCUGGGGUCACCAUCCAGAGCUGCUGCUGCUGCCCCUCUAACUAGGACAGAGGAGCGAGGCAGUUGUCUCUCUGCUCUACUUUUUCCCCCACCAACUUGCACUGAGGAGCCAGGAGUUUCAACCUACCAGACAAAGGGCAGUCGGAACAGCUUUUCAAACUGCCAAGUUGGGACGGAUUUCUUUAACUCAGUAUUUCCAAGAGGCAUUGGCAACAUACGGCGGAAGAUACAGAUCAUAAUGUAGGCACCAUUUAUAAUCCUCAACUGACAUAUGUUCUGUUUUUAAAAACUGACACAAAAGAUCUGCUCUGAUUUUGUUAUAGCACCUUCAAAACCCCAAAUUUAGGGCAUUUCACACCUGAAAGUCCGAACCAAGGUGCAUGUUUUUGUUAUAUUAUAUACAUUUGAUCCAGUUAGUUUUAGUUCACAUUGCAAUUAUGCAAGCACACUAAAGAAAUAUACAUGACAUACAUCAUGUCAUCAUCACCUACAUGAGCUGCUAUACCUGCAGAUGAUUGGUUUGUAGACUAGAGUGCGUCGGAUGUCAGGGUGUUAUCAAUUCAGCGGUUAGCCUUCUAUUGCAGUUUGAAUAAAUGUAGAAACAUAAAUGAACAGGUUCAUUUAGUUUCAACUAUAAUACUAUUGCAUUUAGGCAUGGGACAAUACGAAAAUUUCAUGUCACAAUUAUCCUAAUUGCUUUGACAAAUGUAAAAACAUACAUACAUACAUACAUACAUACAUACAUACAUACAUACAUACGUUUGGCCUCACAGAUGGGCCUCCCCCAUCUCCCUGUCGAUCUUUAGUUUGGAAUCCAGUUAUUUCCACACAACUGAUUUCACUUUUUUGUGAGGGUUACUCAAGCCAAGGCCUCAGCCAUGGUGACAGGCCGACGAUUUUGGAAAGAUGCAGACUCCCAAUUGUGACAAUUCAAAAAUAAAUUUGGAAAUCAAGACUGUAUGCUUGCGAGCUAGAUAGAUCCCAAUGCACAAUUAUCCCAAUAAUCCAAAGUCACCAUGAUAUACUAAUGAGUAUUAUGAGAGCAUUGCGAUAUGCAGGAACAUGUAUCGUCCCAUCCCUAAGUGCAUUACUAACAGCAGUACUACCUUCAAGCGCAAUACUCAAAACUCUUUUUGAAUUCUGUGGCUCAUUUGUUUUGGUGCAUUGUUUUUCCUUUUUUGACUCUGCUGAUAGCCUGCCACAACUUCCUGUUAUUGGUCCAAAAGUCUGAACUUUCCAAAAAAAAAAAUGUGUUCACACUAGAAACAAACUGAACCAUGGUUCACUCUGAUCCGGACCCACGUUCGGCUGUUUGUUUAUGUUGGUUCGGCUCAAACCAGUAAGGUUGGUGUGGAAGGGCCCUUAGUGUUCCCAAAGUCCUGAAAGAUUAAUUUAUUUUUUUAAAUAAAUACAAAAUGGACAGGAUCAGGAACUCCAUAUUUUUAACGGCACCAUAACAGAAUCAGAGUGCAUUUUUGAAUCUAAUAAAAUACUUGGUAACAAAUGGUUAAACAUCUAAAACUGAAGGAAAACAAAGCUGCUAGAGGUCUUCACUGGUGUACCAUUACCUAUAUGUGUCUCAUGGGUGUCCUCCGGUUUAAUAACUCCAAAGACAUCUGGAUGUUCUGAGCUGUGAUGCAGUCUUUAAUACCCUGUCAGUGAUUCAUGUGCUGUGGACUGUGUGAAGGCAAUAGGGGUUGCUGCUGUUAUCCUGAAGCUCUGUGAGGACUUGAAGCCAUGAGGGAGCCACUACAAUGAAAAGGAAACACUACAAAAGAUUUAGUUUGCAGUGCUGCUCUUCACCUAAUGUUAACUGUUGAUCUGAGUUGAGUUAGUGUCAUUAGUGUGCAUGGUAAACCAGCCCAGGAGCACCUCUGUAUGUGCUCCUCACUGUGUUGACAUUCGUGAUAAACUGAAGUCUCGGUGGUCCGUCACCUGUUGCCCUGUGUGUUAAAUUGUGAUGCAUUACAGAGCACGGCCUUGUUCUUCAUAUGUGGAGUUAACUUUCUACACUACUUUAUUUGCAUCUAUUGUAAUAGCAGCAAUUCCAGAUCUGAGAAAUGUUGAUAUAAUUCUGGUUUCAGGGGCCGUAUCAUGAAGCAAGUACAACUUAGUCUGGCUCUCGUUGUGGAUCCCUGUCCUCACUAAGCCAAACGUAGUAUCACACAGCUGGGCAUCUACUGGCUCUGUUAAUUCUAGGUCUUCCAGUCUGACUGUGUUCAUGUGAAAGAGGCAGAGUUGGUAAUUACAAACAUCUAAACCAUGAGUGGAGUACUUCAUCUGACACAAGAUGAAGCAUAAGGAGGUUGGAAAUGUAUAAUAUAUUAACACACAAUUUCAACAAUAUGAAAGUACAGUUAUUGAUAUAAAUAGGUGUAAGAAUUGUCUCUUUGUAAUUGGGUUUGUCUUGUGUCGAAAGUACUUUGUUCCAAGUUGAACAUAAUUUGACACCUCCUGAGGUUCUGACCAAAAUGUUGCAUUAUUCAGUGGGAGUGAAUUAAAGCUGCAGUAGGUAACUUUUAUAAAACAAAUUAAUAAAAAGCUUUAUUGUUGAAACUUUGACUAUACCCUGACCAUAGUACAGACAGAAAAUCUGUGAAAUAAUCAGGUUCCUCUGGCUCCUCUUAGUCCUCCUAAUGGCAUUUGCAAGACUCCACCGGGCCUGAACAAAAACAACCAAUCAGAGCAGAGAAAGAUAAUUGACCCCCUCAGAAUGAGGCUCAACAAUCUGUCAUGUAUUAGUGUCAGGAUAUAAUGAAAAUUACAGCUAAUUUGACUUAUGAAUUAUUUUAAUAAAUGUUACCUACUGUAGCUUUAACUGUGGAUUUAUUUUCCAACAAGAAACAACAGACUUCAAAAAGCAGUGUAAAGACAUUGAUACUAUAAGGAAUGGCCAUAUAAUUACCGUUCAUUAUAAGCUAUUUAGUGAAGUAUCUCCUUUGGGUUUAAAAUAGUUCUAACAGAGUGGACACCUGGAACCACAAAGUGAUUCUACUGUUCUAGUAUUUGUUGCUGUUGCCAUGGUAAUCAACCUUGGUUAAAAGUGAGCUAGCUUUGGGAUCCAGAUACGAGAUCAAGGCAAAAGGUAGCCAGCUAACCACCCAAUCUCACUUUGUGAUACAGGCCCCAGAUGGCAACAUUCUUGUGAUUAAGAUUCCUCAUGGUGUUCUCACCGGUUCUCACUCCCAUAAUGUGCCAUUAUUCCACAAUAACACCAGUUUAGCCUAAGCAUCAUGUCUUUAGUGAACAAACCUGGAUUAAACUGUCAUAAAGCCCACUCCAAGUUAAUGUGGCCAGAUAAAUUGAAAUGUGAGAACAAAGACAUGUAAAGAGAAAACUGAUACAGGAACUUAAGGAAAGCUAAGUGAGCCUGAGAAUGACUAGACUGAAGGACUAAGUUUCCAUUAUAACUUUUAUUAUUUAAACCUAGUUUAUUAAACUGUUUUUAAGUAAUCCUGUCAUUACCUGAUAAUCUUGCUGAUGAAACAGCCCUUUGGAUCAGUUAAACCACAUCUGAAGAACAGGGCUGUGUUGAGCUGGGAGAACCACAGUACUACAACAUGCUGCAACAGCAUUUUUACCUUCUACUUUCAGUUCAGUGUGCAUCUGAUUGUGUCUCAUCACUGUAGUAUAGAUUUUUUUUUUUUUCCAUAUGUUGAUUCAUAAUGUUUAUCCAGUGUCAUGAAGACGGACCUUCCCUGUGUUUGCACUGAUGGGGCUGAAUGAACCCUGUACGGAAUUGUAAUUCUAAAUAACAUGAAUUCUAUGUGUUUCAGAUUUUUUAUUCUUGAGUCUUCAAUGGGAAUGAAAUCACUGUUACUCUAGCAAUAAGGCAGCUUUAUUUUGACAAAUUGAAGGACAUAAUGGGGGAAAGGGUGGGCUUUACGUGUUUGACACAACUAUGAAGUAGGAAAGUUAACUGCAUAACAGCUGUCAGCAUAACACUUUAAAAACUCAAUAAUACAUAACUUCAAUAAUGUAUCUCAGGAAUGGUUAAUUUGGUGUUUGGUUAGUGAAUCAACAUGUUUUAGGGUUGCUGAUGGAGGAAAUGGGUACGAUUUAGCUUGGAAAAGAUCAAAUCCAGAUGGUUAGGAUGUUGGGCAUUGUGACAAUGAAUUACAUACAAGGCUUGUAUGAGUUGUGGAAGUCCACGUGUUGGUGCUGGAAUCGGAGCAGUAGCCAUAUUGUCUGUCGUUGGCUUGUGUGCAUCCUUCCUCUGUUUUACAUGAACUGUCUGUCCCUUCUUUUUUUAAUCCAGAUUAAAUAUGCCAUACUUGUCCCCCCCCAACAACCCAGAGACCCUCAAAAAAAUCAGUUUGAUCAAACUAGAGUUUUGUUAAUUUCUCUGUAAAUAAGAUAUUUGACUGUACUUUUCUAUAACACUGGAGAGAGACACAUAAAGGGAACAUCUUUUUUUCUGUUUGGUUUGUUCUGGUUCAUCCUGCCUCCCCUCUUUCAGAGUCACUCAAUGUUCUCAAGCUGUGGGACUGAUUUUUAAGUGUUUGCAUAGCUAGACAAGUCAUAAUUUGAUUAUUUAAAUGGGUGUUAAGCUCUUGUGCCCAAAAGCAUUUAACGUGUACAGAUCGAUUUUUGCUAGGCUCAGCUUAAGUUUGAUUUGUUGAUUGUACAGAUCUAUUAGGGGGAAAAAUAAAAGUUAUUGAAAGUG